AUGGCCCGCUUCGGAGACGACAUGCCGGCCCGCUACGGGGGAGGAGGAGGAGGCUCCGGGGCAGCCGCCGGGGUGGUCGUGGGCGCCGCGGGCGGGCGCGGAGCCGGGGGCAGCCGGCAGGGCGGGCAGCCCGGAGCGCAAAGGAUGUACAAGCAGUCAAUGGCGCAGAGGGCGCGAACCAUGGCCCUGUACAACCCCAUCCCGGUCCGGCAGAACUGCCUGACCGUCAACCGCUCCCUGUUCCUCUUCAGCGAAGACAAUGUCGUGAGAAAAUACGCCAAAAAGAUCACCGAAUGGCCUCCGUUUGAAUAUAUGAUUUUAGCCACCAUUAUAGCAAACUGCAUCGUCCUCGCCCUGGAGCAGCACCUGCCAGACGACGACAAGACACCGAUGUCCGAGCGGCUGGAUGACACAGAACCGUACUUCAUUGGAAUUUUUUGCUUCGAGGCUGGAAUUAAGAUCAUAGCCCUUGGGUUUGCUUUUCACAAAGGGUCCUAUUUGAGGAACGGCUGGAACGUGAUGGAUUUUGUAGUGGUGCUAACAGGCAUCUUGGCAACAGUGGGGACGGAGUUUGACCUUCGGACCUUGAGGGCAGUUCGAGUCCUCCGACCACUCAAGCUGGUCUCUGGAAUCCCAAGUUUACAAGUCGUCCUGAAGUCGAUCAUGAAGGCGAUGAUUCCUCUGUUACAAAUUGGCCUCCUUCUGUUUUUUGCAAUACUUAUUUUUGCAAUCAUAGGAUUAGAAUUUUAUAUGGGGAAAUUUCAUACCACCUGCUUUGAAGAGGGGACAGAUGACAUUCAGAGUGAGUCUCCAGCUCCGUGUGGGACAGAGGAACCCGCCCGCACCUGCCCCAAUGGGACAAAAUGCCAACCCUACUGGGAAGGGCCCAACAACGGGAUCACUCAGUUUGACAACAUCCUGUUUGCAGUGCUCACCGUAUUCCAGUGCAUCACCAUGGAAGGGUGGACGGACCUCCUCUACAACAGCAACGACGCCUCAGGGAACACUUGGAACUGGCUGUACUUCAUCCCCCUCAUCAUCAUCGGCUCCUUUUUCAUGCUGAACCUUGUUCUGGGUGUGCUUUCUGGGGAGUUUGCCAAAGAAAGAGAACGGGUGGAGAACCGGCGGGCUUUCCUGAAACUCAGGAGGCAACAGCAGAUUGAACGUGAACUCAACGGGUACAUGGAGUGGAUCUCAAAAGCAGAAGAGGUGAUCCUUGCUGAGGACGAGACAGACGUGGAACAGAGACACCCCUUUGAUGCUCUGCGGAGAGCCACCAUAAAGAAAAGUAAGACGGAUUUGCUGAACCCGGAAGAGGCUGAGGAGCAGCUGGCCGAUAUGGCCUCCGUGGGGUCACCCUUCGCCCGAGCCAGCAUCAAAAGUGCCAAGCUGGAGAACUCAACUUUUUUCCACAAGAAGGAGAGAAGGGUGCGUUUUUACAUCCGCCGCAUGGUCAAAACUCAGGCCUUCUACUGGACUGUGCUCAGUUUGGUAGCCCUCAACACGCUGUGUGUCGCCAUCGUUCACUACAACCAACCCGAGUGGCUCUCUGACUUCCUCUACUAUGCAGAAUUCAUUUUCUUAGGACUCUUUAUGUCCGAAAUGUUUAUAAAAAUGUAUGGGCUUGGGACGCGGCCUUACUUCCACUCCUCCUUCAACUGCUUUGACUGUGGGGUCAUCAUCGGAAGCAUCUUUGAAGUUAUCUGGGCUGUCAUAAAACCCGGCACGUCCUUCGGAAUCAGUGUGUUACGAGCUCUCAGGUUACUGCGUAUUUUUAAAGUCACAAAGUACUGGGCAUCUCUCAGAAACCUGGUCGUCUCUCUUCUCAACUCUAUGAAAUCCAUCAUCAGUCUCCUGUUCCUCCUUUUCCUGUUCAUCGUGGUCUUUGCCCUUUUGGGAAUGCAACUCUUUGGGGGCCAGUUUAAUUUUGAUGAAGGAACUCCUCCCACCAACUUUGACACAUUUCCAGCAGCAAUAAUGACAGUGUUUCAGAUCCUGACGGGCGAGGACUGGAACGAGGUCAUGUACGACGGGAUCAAGUCUCAGGGGGGUGUGCAGGGCGGCAUGGUGUUCUCCAUCUACUUCAUCGUCCUCACGCUCUUCGGGAACUACACCCUCCUGAACGUGUUCCUGGCCAUCGCUGUGGACAACCUGGCCAACGCCCAGGAGCUCACCAAGGAUGAACAAGAAGAAGAAGAGGCUGCCAACCAGAAACUUGCUCUACAGAAAGCCAAGGAGGUGGCAGAAGUGAGCCCCCUGUCUGCAGCCAGCAUGUCCAUAGCUGUGAAGGAGCAGCAGCGGAACCAGAAGCCGGCCAAGUCGGUGUGGGAGCAGCGCACGAGCGAGAUGCGCAAGCAGAACCUGCUGGCGAGCCGCGAGGCGCUGUACCCGGAGCUGGCGCCCGAGGAGCGGUGGAAGGCGACGUACGCGCGCCACCUGCGGCCCGACGUGAAGACGCACCUGGACCGGCCGCUGGUGGUGGACCCGCAGGAGAACCGCAACAACAACACCAACAAGAGCCGCGCGGCCGAGCCGCCGCGGGCGCCGCCCGCCGCCGAGGAGCUGCUGCGCAAGCGCGCGCGCGAGCCGCCGUCGGGGCUGGGGCGCCGACCGUGGGGCCCCGACGCCGACGCCGACGCCGACGCCGAGCCCAGCCGCGAGGGUCCGUACGGGCGCGAGGCCGAGCCCCCGGGAUUCUGGGAGGCUGAGUGCGCGCCGCCGCCGCCGCCGCCGGCAACGACGACGACCGAGGACGCGCCGCGCAGACCCGCCGCGCACGCGCACGCGCACGUACACGCGCACCGGCCCGGCGCCCCCAGGGACGGCCGCGGGGGCUCGCCGCGCGCGGGGGCCGACGGGGAGCCGCGCAGGCACCGCGCGCGCCGCAGGCCGGGCGACGAUGCGGGCGACGACAGGGAGCGGGACCGGGACCGAGCGGAGCGCAGGCUACGCCACCGCGACGGCGACGGCCCCCCCGAGGCGGGCGAGCGGAGGAGGCGACACCGGCACGGAGCCCCGGCCCCCUGCGACGCGGAUGCGCGGCGGGACGACAAGGAGCGCAGGCACCGCAGGAGGAAAGACAUCCAGGGCUCUGGGGUCCCAGUGUCUGGCCCCAACCUGUCAACCACCCGGCCGAUCCAGCAGGACUUGGGCCGCCAAGACCCGCCACUGGCCGAGGACAUUGACAACAUGAAGAACAACAAGCUGGCCACUGGGGAGUCACCCAGCCCCCACGACAGCCUCGGCCACACUGGCUGUGUGUCCCACAGCCCAGCCAAGAUAGGGAACAGCAUGGACCCUGGCCCAGUCCCACCCACCAUGGCCACCAACCUUCAGAACGCUGCCAGUCGCCGGAUGCCCAACAAUCCAGGGAACCCGUCCAACCCUGGCCCCCCCAAGAUCCCUGAGAACAGCCUCAUCGUCACCAACCCUAGCAGCAGCCAGACCAACUCAGCCAAGACUGCCAGGAAGCCCGACCACACCACUGUCGAUAUCCCACCGGCCUGCCCACCCCCCCUCAACCACACCGUGGUCCAAGUGAACAAAAAUGCCAACCCGGACCCACCACCAGAAAAAGAGGAAGAGAAGAAGGAGGAGGAUGACUCUGGGGAGGACGGCCCCAAGCCCAUGCCCCCCUACAGCUCCAUGUUCAUCCUGUCCACCACCAACCCCCUUCGCCGCCUGUGUCAUUACAUCUUGAACCUGCGCUACUUCGAGAUGUGCAUCCUCCUGGUGAUUGCCAUGAGCAGCAUCGCCCUGGCAGCCGAGGACCCUGUGCAGCCCAAUGCACCCCGGAACAACGUGCUGCGAUAUUUUGACUACGUUUUCACAGGCGUGUUUACAUUUGAGAUGGUGAUCAAGAUGAUCGACCUGGGGCUCGUCCUGCAUCAGGGCGCCUACUUCCGUGACCUCUGGAACAUUCUUGACUUCAUAGUGGUCAGUGGGGCUUUGGUGGCCUUUGCCUUCACUGGCAAUAGCAAAGGGAAGGACAUCAACACCAUUAAGUCUCUCCGCGUCCUCCGUGUGCUGCGACCCCUAAAAACCAUCAAGCGGUUGCCAAAGCUCAAGGCGGUGUUUGACUGCGUGGUGAACUCGCUCAAGAACGUCUUCAACAUCCUCAUCGUCUACAUGCUGUUCAUGUUCAUCUUCGCCGUGGUGGCCGUGCAGCUAUUCAAGGGCAAGUUCUUCCACUGCACCGACGAGUCCAAGGAGUUCGAGAAGGACUGCCGGGGCAAGUACCUCCUGUAUGAGAAGAACGAGGUCAAGGCCCGGGAUCGGGAGUGGAAGAAGUACGAGUUCCAUUAUGACAAUGUGCUGUGGGCGCUUCUCACCCUCUUCACAGUGUCCACGGGAGAAGGCUGGCCACAGGUCCUGAAGCACUCGGUGGAUGCCACCUUUGAGAACCAGGGCCCAAGCCCUGGCUACCGCAUGGAAAUGUCCAUCUUCUAUGUCGUCUACUUCGUGGUCUUCCCCUUUUUCUUCGUCAACAUCUUUGUGGCUUUGAUUAUCAUCACCUUCCAGGAACAGGGGGACAAGAUGAUGGAGGAGUAUAGCCUGGAGAAAAACGAGAGGGCCUGCAUCGACUUCGCCAUCAGUGCCAAGCCACUGACCCGGCACAUGCCACAGAACAAGCAGAGCUUCCAGUACCGCAUGUGGCAGUUCGUGGUGUCCCCACCCUUCGAGUACACCAUCAUGGCCAUGAUCGCCCUCAACACCAUUGUGCUCAUGAUGAAGUUCUAUGGCGCCUCUGUGGCCUAUGAGAAUGCUCUGAGGGUGUUCAACAUCGUCUUCACCUCCCUCUUCUCUCUGGAGUGUGUGCUCAAAGUCAUGGCUUUUGGGAUUCUGAAUUAUUUCCGCGAUGCCUGGAACAUCUUCGACUUUGUGACCGUUCUGGGCAGCAUUACAGACAUCCUUGUGACUGAGUUUGGGAAUAACUUCAUCAACCUGAGCUUCCUCCGUCUCUUCCGGGCUGCCCGACUCAUCAAACUCCUCCGGCAGGGUUACACCAUCCGCAUCCUCCUCUGGACCUUCGUGCAGUCCUUCAAGGCGCUGCCGUAUGUCUGUCUGCUGAUUGCCAUGCUUUUCUUCAUCUACGCCAUCAUCGGGAUGCAGGUGUUUGGCAACAUUGGCAUCGACGUGGAGGAUGAGGACAGUGAUGAGGACGAGUUCCAAAUCACCGAGCACAAUAACUUCCGGACGUUCUUCCAGGCCCUCAUGCUUCUCUUCCGGAGCGCCACCGGUGAGGCCUGGCACAACAUCAUGCUGUCAUGUCUCAGCGGGAAGCCGUGCGACAAGAACUCCGGGAUCCUCACCGCAGACUGCGGCAACGAGUUCGCUUAUUUUUAUUUCGUUUCCUUCAUCUUCCUCUGCUCAUUCCUGAUGUUAAACCUGUUUGUGGCUGUUAUCAUGGACAACUUCGAGUACCUCACCCGAGACUCCUCCAUCCUGGGCCCCCACCACCUGGACGAGUAUGUGCGUGUCUGGGCAGAGUACGACCCUGCGGCUUGCGGUCGCAUUCAUUAUAAGGAUAUGUACAGUUUAUUGCGAGUAAUAUCUCCCCCUCUCGGCUUAGGCAAGAAAUGCCCUCAUAGGGUGGCUUGCAAGAGGCUCCUGCGGAUGGACCUGCCUGUGGCAGACGACAACACCGUCCACUUCAACUCCACCCUCAUGGCUUUGAUCCGUACAGCUCUGGACAUCAAAAUUGCCAAGGGCGGAGCUGACAAGCAACAGAUGGAUGCAGAGCUCCGGAAGGAGAUGAUGGCCAUUUGGCCUAACCUGUCCCAGAAGACCUUGGACCUGCUGGUCACUCCUCACAAGUCCACGGACCUGACGGUGGGGAAGAUUUAUGCGGCCAUGAUGAUCAUGGAGUACUACAGGCAGAGUAAGGCCAAGAAGCUGCAAGCCAUGCGCGAGGAGCAGAACCGGACGCCGCUCAUGUUCCAGCGCAUGGAGCCCCCAUCCCCGACGCAGGAGGGGGGACCCGGCCAAAAUGUCCUCCCGUCCACCCAGCUGGACCCAGGAGGAGGCCUGAUGGCUCACGAAGGCGGCAUGAGGGAGAGCCCGUCCUGGGUGACCCAGCGGGCCCAGGAGAUGUUCCAGAAGACAGGCACGUGGAGCCCAGAGCGAGGGCCCCCCACCGACAUGCCAAGCAGCCAGCCCAACUCGCAGUCCGUGGAGAUGCGUGAGAUGGGCACCGAUGGCUACUCGGACAGCGAGCACUACCUCCCCAUGGAAGGCCAGGCCCGGGCCGCCUCCAUGCCCCGCCUCCCGGCGGAGAACCAGAGGAGAAGGGGCCGGCCACGUGGGAGUGCCCUCCAUACCAUCUCGGACACCAGCCCCAUGAAGCGUUCUGCCUCUGUGCUGGGCCCCAAGGCCCGGCGCCUGGAUGAUUACUCCCUGGAGCGGGUUCCACCUGAGGAGAACCAGCGGUACCACCAGCGCCGCAGGGACCGAGGCCACCGAGCCUCUGAGCGCUCCCUGGGCCGCUACACCGAUGUGGACACAGGCUUGGGGACAGACCUGAGCAUGACCACCCAAUCUGGAGACCUACCAUCGAAAGAGCGGGACCAGGAACGGGGCAGGCCCAAGGACCGGAAGCAUAGGCCACACCAUCACCACCACCAUCACCACCCCCCGCCCCCCGACAAGGAGCGCUACCCCCAGGAGCGGCCAGACCACGGCCGGGCCCGGGCCCGCGACCAGCGCUGGUCCCGCUCUCCCAGCGAGGGCCGGGAGCAGAUGGCACACCGGCAGGGCAGUAGUUCAGUCAGUGGAAGCCCCGCCCCCUCAACGUCCGGCACCAGCACCCCGCGGCGCGGACGCCGCCAGCUCCCCCAGACCCCCUGCACCCCGCGGCCGCGCGUGUCCUACUCCCCGGUCGUCCGCAGGCCGCCCGCCGCGGGGCCCCCGCCGCCCCCGGGCGAGUCCCCCCGCGCCUGCCGCCACGCGGGGCCGCCGCCCGCACCCCGGGCCCGCGGCUACUUCCGCGGCUCCGACUACGACGAGCCCGACGGCCCGGGCGACGAGCCCCCCGCGCGACACGCGGCCCCCGCGGCCCGCUCGCCCAGGACUCCCCGGGCUGCUGCGGGCCCGGCCUGCGCCUCGCCCGCCCGCCACGGCCGCAGGCUCCCCAACGGCUACUACCCGGCCCACGCGCUGCCCAGGCCGCGGGGACCCGGCGCCCGCAAAGGCCCGCACGACCCCUACAGCGAGAGCGAGGACGACUGGUGCUAA